AUGUUAUUUGUCUUGGCUAUCUUCUUCCCAAACCAAGGAUUAUUUACAAUGAACAGGAGCAAUAUCUCAGCCUCAGUUUGGGAAUCGCCGGUCCCUCCGGUCCUGCAGUUUGUGUUCGGGGUGCUGGGGAACUUUAUGGCUCUGCUGAUCCUCGUAUGUAACUCCCCGUCCCACAGAUGGCACCCGUUCUACAAGCUGGUGGCGGGGUUGGCGCUCACAGACGGCGGAGGAAUCUUGCUUCUCUACCCUCCAAUUCUGACCCGAUAUGCCACAAAUUUCACUUUCAAUCUCGGCAGCUUUUUGUGCGGUUAUACAUCCUUCCUUGCAUCAUUUACCACCCUUUCUUCUGCUCUGAUCGUCUGCGCGAUGUCCAUUGACCGGUGUGUGGCAGUAUACAGGCCAUUCUACUACAAGAGUGAGUACGGCGACAGGCGGCGGGUGGUGGCGGUGAUUGGGGCUAUCUGGGCGGUAGGUGGUCUCGUUUCCAGUCUACAUCUCGCGGGACUCGGGUCUGUGUACAAGUUUUAUCCCGGUUCCUGGUGUUUCUUGAACUUCAUUAGCGGGACUACUCUAGAGCGCGUCAAUUCUUUGAUCUACUCGGGUAUGGGAAUUCUCGUGCUUCUGAUUACCGUGACCUUGAACUUUUCGGUGAUAGUAGCGACCCUUCACAAGAAACACCGAGCUCACCUCGGCCGCCUCAGAAAGGACGUGUACAACAUCGUCUUUCUCUCCGCCAUUGUUCUUAUAUCCAGUGUCUGUUGGGCGCCAUUAAUGUGGAGAAUCAUGUCUGUGUCAUGUGAUCUGAGUACUCCAAACCAAGGGACAGAACUCCUGUCCCUCCGACUGGCCGUGAGUGGCUCUAUCGUGGACCCAUGGGUCUACAUUUUACUGCGGAAGGAGACACUAAGUUACAUUCACAAAAUGAUGAGGCGGUGUCAGAGAAACUAUGACGUCAAUCUACAAAGCAGUACGAGUCUCGAUAUGAAUUCAAUGUGAUUAAGGGUGUAUAUGUAUUACAUCAAAGUUUGUUUCUAUGACUUAUCGGAAACAAAAUGUUGAUUGAGCAUCAUUCGUAGUGGAGCGGAGUGAAUCACAAACCCUUGGCUUAGAUUAGCAUCAGUCGUUGCAGUGGGGCGAAGAGGAUCGUAAAAUCUUGGCUAAGAUGAGCAUCAGAUGUUGUGGUGGGGAGGAGUGAAUCGUAAACCUUUAGCUAAGAUGAGCAUCAGUCGUUGUGUAGCGGAUUGAAUCGUAAACCCUUAGCUAAGAUUAGCAACAGUCGCAUUCAUUUCUAGACACGGAGCAUUAGUUUUGUCAUUCCGCAGCGACGUCAGAUAUUCAAUUUGUGGCUAUGGUUAUACAG